AUGCCCAGCAAAGAGGAGAAGCUAUUGGCUGACAGCCUGUCGCGCCGCAAAUGCCUGAUCAAAUUGCUGGAUGCACUGGAGCGAUUUAUUCGCGACUACGAUCAUGCUCGCGACAGCUGUCAAUUGUGUGUACGUGUGGAAUCGCUGGACAAGCUGAACGAAGAUUAUGCAGAGUGUCAGAGUGUCAUCGAAAGACUUGACGAAGAGGAGGAAUUGGACGAGCACAUCGACGAACGGGUGGAAUUCGAGCAACGGUUCUGCAGAGCAAAGGGAUUCCUGCUCUCGAAGCGCGUGGCUGACGCAAACCAGUCAGCGCUCAACAAUUCAAUGCAAGCUGCGCAACAUCAUCAGCCGCAUUUCCACCUCCGCCUACCCAAAAUCGAGAUGCCGAAGUUCAACGGUGAUUUCUCGCGCUGGAUAUCAUUUCGGGACACGUUUACUUCGAUGGUCCACGUGAACGGAGACAUCCCAGCUGUAGCCAAGCUCCAGUAUCUCCUUCAAUCCCUCGAAGGUAGCGCCAAGAAACCCUUCGAAUCAGUGGACAUCGAGGCUGACAACUACGCGACGACAUGGGACGCGCUGCUGAAAAGGUACGACAACCGGAAGUACCUCAAGAAGCAGCUCUUCAGGGCUCUCUACGAUCUGCCAGCAGUCAAGCAAGAGUGUGCAACGCGCAUCCACGGCUUGGUCGACGAUUACCAACGUCAUGUUCGCGCCCUAUCCAAGCUGGGCGAACCCGUGGACCAUUGGGACUUGCCACUCAUCCAUCUGCUUUCCUACAAACUGGAUCAAGCGACUCUUCGCGCCUGGGAAGAGAAAACCAGCCAGAAAGACGACGUGAAGUACGAUGAACUGGUCGAAUUUCUAUACCAACGGGUACGGAUUCUCCAGUCCGUAGGACCAGAAACUCAUCACUCUGCCUCGUCGAAGGUGGCCGGCAAUCCACAGAAGAGCUUCAAGCAGAAAGUGUCAGCCAACGCCACAACAGCAUCCCCUCCAAGCUAUUCGUGUCCACUUUCUUGUUCGGACAGUCAUUCGUUGCGAACGUGUCCGGUGUUCCUUGGGAAAAGUGUCAGCCAGCGUCGUGAGCUGGUUUCCCAGAAGCGGCUGUGUUGGAACUGUCUCAGCUUCGGCCACCAAUCCAAGAAGUGUGGUUCCAAAUUCAGCUGUCGCACGUGUCGUGAGAAGCACCACUCGCUUCUGCACGAUCCCGCUCCAGUGCAAGUAUCCGCUACUCCAGCCAUCCAAACAAGCUCAGCCGAGUCAACCGUGUCAUCGAAGCCCGCUCCAUUGGUUCAACAACCGCGUCCAUCCACUUCCCAAUCUGUGGAUGCUUCGGGUUCCCGUCAAGCCAGCAUGGCAGUCCAAACUGCAUGCACCAUGACGUUGCUGGAAACGGUCAUUCUCAACAUCGUCGAUGAUCACGGCAACACGCACAAGGCUCGAGCUCUCCUCGAUUCGGCAUCGAUGUCGAAUUUCAUUUCGAAACCGCUGGCGAAGAAUCUAUACAGUCGCCGGUCUACAGUGGAUGUGUCCGUCGCAGGCAUCGGAUCAUCUACGCAGAAGAUUAGUAGUGCCAUUACUGCCACCAUCGAGUCGGGAGAUCGAACGAUCUCGAUGAAACUGCAGUUGUUGGUACUGAAGCAGCCGUCGUCAGAUCUACCAACAAUGCCGAUUGACAUCUCGGCGUGGAAAUUGCCACACGUACAGCUAGCGGAUCCGCAGUUCAGUGUUCCUGGAAGUGUUGACCUCGUCAUCGGUAGUGAAACCUACUGA